AUGACGCAGAACCAGGUAAAAUGUACCAAGCAAUUCAAGGACAUGAUAAAGGAUUCAACACCUCAGUGCCUCAAAGUCGAUGUCAUCAUGCAAAAUUUUAUAACUAACAUACCAGAGAAAGGUGUCGAACGCAUUAUCCAACGGAGCACUGCAGCAGCAGCUGAAAGUCAUCGCAUUACGAGGGUAGACACACUAAUCCGGGGUGCUGAUCCCUUACUGUUUAUGCACGCAUAUUUGGUGGACGAUUACGGGAAUAUCAUAGUCAUCGCAAGGUUCCAAAAUGCGUUUAUCAUGGCUGGUGUUGUUCAUUUUGUAUGGCACAGGGGACGCAAAGCCUUUCUCGGUGCUAAGCCACUGAAGGCCCUCAAAAAUGUGAUGGCCUUGGUUGGCUCUGCUACCCACUGCGCAUUGCAGGAACAGCAAAUGGCUGUUAUCACCGUCAAUCCCUUUGGUGGGACACAUCACGAGCAGAAGUUCAAAGAGAUCAUAGCAGCUUUGAAUGGCCUCACCAGUGAGGAAAGAAUCGAGUUUAAUAAUUAUUUGCAGUUCAUGUUGGAUAUUGGACCCUCGCAGGCAGGUGUUGGAGAUACGUCGUCCGAUUCUGAGUAA